AUGGGCUAUGCUGGCACUUCCGGGACCGCGGUAGCUGCAGUAAGGGUUCAGUCAGGUUGCCCUUACUCUCAUGACAAGGAGCUGAGAAAGCGUGAACUUGAGCGUCUCAAGCAGCAAGGAAAAGGAGGCCAGGGCGGCGGUGCUCAACCAUCCUCGUCCGCACCCCCCGCAAAAGGAGGUGGUAAAGGCGGAAAGGGGACGAAGCCUAAGGCUAAGGCCGAGCCUAAGAAGCAAAGUGAGGCAGCCAUGAAUAAUCCAUUUGCUGCUUUCUCCGUUGUCGUGGCUCAACCUGGCCAGUCCGAGAUCGAGGAGUUCGUCCACGGGAUAGCCAGUGGGUCCCCGGUUCCUCUGAAGGGCCCAUCGGCUCACAUCUUGGAUGCAUUGGGGCUCCUAAUGCCUCGUUGCGAGGAUCUGAGCGCUGAGCGGAAGGACAGUCUGUUCGAACCGAACCGUAUACUCUACUACGAUGGAGAGGAACCUGUGACGUUGGAACCAGGAGAAGGUGCUCUCAUCCCAGUGGAGUCUGGGUUUCGCAUCGCGGAAGUUUCCGUUGUAGAAGCUGCGUUACCCAUAGAAGGCUCAGUGGAGGCCGUCCCAGGUGUAUGGCCUACGGGAGCGUCUCAAGGCAUGCUUCUAGUUGCAGCUCGGGACGAGCCUGUGGCGCUGGAAAAAGGAACUCCAGUUGGAGAGCUGAGGUCUGGUUUCGUGAGUUCGGGAACUUGCGAGUGUGGCACUGUGGAAACCAUCCUAGAAGGUGAUGCGGAAGACCGCUGCGGAGAAUGCGGAGCCGUGAAUAGCUCUCUGGCAGAACAAUUCUGCCAAACAUGCGGAAGAACGGGGGCUAUGAGGCAACUGCGCUCCAAGGUUGUCGUUCCUGCAGUGGAAGUCGGAGGCGGAGCAUAUGGCGCUCUGCCGCGCUCGCCUUCGUGGUCGGCCUCGGGGCCUUGGCGGGAAGUAGCUCCAUGA